AUGAGAGAGAAGCUGUCUGUAGCCAGACUCCAGAGGGAGCUAGCUAAAGCCAAGAGUGAGGGCAACAUGAAAGAGACGACGAUGCGGGAGCUGAUGCAAGAGCGUGAGGCCCGUAGUUCUCUGGAGAAGCAACUAGAGGGUGCUGUAGCAGAGAAUAAGUCGUGCAAUGCUCAGCUGGAAGCAUUACAAGAAGAGAUCAUAAGGCUGAGGAGUGCAAGUAGUGUGAACUCACUUUGUGAUAAUGCGGAGAGUUGUAAACGGUUACAGAAUGGGUUAUCAUCAACUGACACUGGUCUUAGUGAUGUGGAGAGAGAAAACUGUAAUGUAGUGGUAUCCAACAAGCAACUUGAAUUAAAGGUUGUGAGCAAGGAGGAGGUAGUGAAGGAGAAGUCAGCUCUUCUAGAGAGAUUACGACAGUUGGAAUCAGAGAACUCUGCUCUUGUUCUGGAGAAUGAAAACCAGAGAGAUACCUACGAUCAGUGCCUUGAUGAGGUAUGUUACAACCAACUAAUCUUUGUACCUAUAACUCAAUUGAAAUCAUGCAUAGCUUUAUGGUGUAAUGAGGUUGAGGAUUUUGUUGUAUCCUUUUCAGGAAAAACUAUAUCGAUUGGUAUAAUUGUGCAUGAGGAGCCCUUAAAUACUCACUCUGAACUCUCUCUUUCUCAAAUUUUUAUCUGUUAGAAGGUGAUUUGGACUUGUUAUUGGACCACUGAUUUUAAUCCAUUCAUUGAUUACGGAAUGUUGUAAUUCUUACAGGAAUGAGCUUGUCAGUGUUAUUGUAUUUUAGGUCUUUGGCAAUAUAUGAAUAGCCUGUGGCUGUUUUACAUUUCAACAUUCAAAGUUAUGUGAUUUUCACCCUAUGGAUUGCCUCUUGAGGAGAAUUGGUCUGCAGGAGAAUGUCAGGUUGAACUUUACUUGCUUUCAAUUGAUGAGGCAAGGUUACGGUCAAAAUAACUUGAGAAAAGAUGAAAUUGGGAAUGACUGAGAUAUAAGACUUGACAAAUUCUUUCAGGUCAUGCACUUGACAGCAUUGAAAUAAGGCAUCUUCACUUAUUGCUAGAAGUAGUGACAAAUCAUUUGGAAGCAUAGAUCGAUUGGAGAGUUCUGUUUAUUGGAAUAUAGUCAGGAGCCAUGCAGGGAAAUAUAGCCCUCUAAUUCUCUACUAAAUAAACUAUACUUGCGUAUUAAUUCCACCUCAGGCAUAUCCAGAUUAUCUUGGCCUUAUUCAGGGGGGUGUUUUACUAAGUAUUAAGCAUUAAUAAAAGUCGCACAUUGAGACCAGAAAAUUGAAGGUGAGCUUUAUUGGGAGGAAAAUCCGAAUGAGGGUAGUUUUCUAGUUGUUACAUUUCAAAAAAAGACAAAAGCAAAAACACAGAUCAACAGUUUGAUGGCAAUGAAUUGAUAAAAGAUGGGUUUGACAGUCUUCCAUAUCCUGCUAGUAGAUGGAUUGAUAAAGUUGUCUUAAUGAUAUUUUUUUUAAUUCACCCAAAUGGAGUUAUGAGAACCUCAUAGCGAUCAAAGCCAGAUAUAUUGGAAAAUUACCAGCUUUCUUUUUUGAAAGCUCACAUAGGUAAGAAGAUAGUGUGAAGAGAUGAUGGAAAGAAAAGGGAACGAAUAGGGCUUCAAAUAGAAAUAAUCACAAUGAAUGGAAACCUGAUAUGUGGAUUAGUAGAUUCAAGAAGCCCUUCUAAAUCUGUAUAAGGCUGAGAUGAUUUGGGUAUCUUAUCCAAGCUUCUGGCUCUAAUCUCUUCUUAAAAUGUCAGAUAUGUUUAGUUCUGCUCAGAAGACCCAGUAAUCAGAUCUCAUCCAGUUAAGACCUAUAAGUCUGUAGGUUUAAGAUUGAACUCACAGAAAAUUUUCUUCUUAUGCUCACUUUGGAAACUGUCUGAUAUUUGACAAUAGGUGGAGCUAUUCCAUAUCACCUCUUGAAGGAGUUAGAUUAUUCUUUCCAAUAUUGUUGUGUAUGACGUAGUUAAUAUUUGUCCAUAGAAGUCUGGAUAUAACAAGUCUGAUUUGAAAUAUUUCUAUGAAUUUCUAUUUCUAUGGUGAUAUUGCACCUCUUCAUUGAUUUUGGCUUGAAAUAUUAUUCCUAAAAGGAGAUUUUUUCCUAGCCUCUGUUCUUUCCAAAUAACUAUUGCAUUAAACCCAAUGGUAGAUAGUUUACAGGGGCUACUUUACAAUUUAUUGGGGCUAUUGUUGACAUUUUUAAGGUCAAUUUGUCCUAAACCUCCAUGCAUUUUUGGUAUGUGAAUAGUAUUGGCUCUGCAUAGAAAGAUUGAUUGAGAAGGGCAGUUGUAGAAAUGGAUUGUUCACAAAACAAAUACCAUGAUUUACCAUCUAUUCACAACGAAGAGACAACAUUUAUGUGAGUAGACAAGGGUAUUUCCUGAUAGGAAAAUUCUGGACAUAUUGAAAUUGUUUCCUUCUACAUUAAUUCUUUAUUUUUUGUAUCUGCACUUGGUUCAUGAUUUCAUGGUGUCACCUUGAAUGGCAAUUAAGAGUCCAGACACAUCACUAUGACCGAAUGAGAGCAAGAAGGGCAGUAGACCAUAUCCUUCUUUAUGCCCCUAACAUCCUUCUAGCACUGAGCAGGUGAUAUAAUUAUCUGAUUAGGUUUAAUAUGAGGCUGGACCACAAGACUUGUUAGUAUGUCAAAAGGCAGACAAUGGAAACUCAAUCACUCUGCUACUGAGAUGGUGAUUCAGUGUUUAGUGAGGUCAUAUUUCAUAAUUGGAGAGUAUUGUUAUCCACUGACAUUGACAUCAUAUAACAGCUUUGGUAUAAUUAACAGGAUUGAACUCCAGAGUUGAUGGCUGAAGGGGAGGUAAUUGGAGGAAUGGAUGGAUCUAGUGCAGUGCUUUUAUCAUGCUUUUGAUAACAUAACUUUUUACUCAAUAAAGGUAUUCUGACCUACUGUCAUGAGGGAAAAAUUACAUUAAAAAAACUUACUGAUGCGACUAUCUUCUGUAUACUUCAUAUCAAAACAUAAAAAUCGGGUGAACAUUUUUCCUUUGCAAUCCCUAUUUUAUUGCUAUUUUCUCUCUUGAAAUAGAUGUAAGGUUAUAUUUAUUAUCCUGAAUGAAGGUAAAAAUGUGAUUUGAUAUACAGUAUAGGAAAUAUUUCAUUAUAUAUACAAAAAUGAUACUGAAAGCAUUCCAUUGUUAGGUUACUACCAGCAAAUAAAUCAUUUACAAUUGAAUGUUUAAGAAAAUGCAGUUGAAUAUAACAAGGUUCAGAUUUGUUUUAUUGUUUAAAAUGAUGGCUGGCUUGGGGUCCUCUCUUAGGGACCUGAUAAUUGGGAUUGAUGCUUCACUUGGUUUCAAACCUUGGUCACUGAACUUGAAGCCUCCAACUGAGCUGAUAAAGAUUUGUUAAGAAAGAACCAAAUGGACAUUCGUGCUCAUGUAUUCAGAUAAUGGCUAUCUGACCCGGUGUGUGUUGAUCUGAUGAUAGAUAUCUUGGUCCAGGAUAUAUAACUGGAAAAGAUCCAAUAUUAGAACUCUGGUCCAAAGAGAAGACAGACUUCCAUUUCAAGGAAGGAUGAGUCAAACCUAAACAUCCAACCCUCUGGUCAAAAUAUUUAUCCACUGUACAUCUGAUAAAACAUCACCAUUUAGAGCUCAAAAUAACUCUAAGCCUAUUUUAAGAAAGUUUUUAAAUUCAUUGCAUAGGCCUAUGUAGAUUUUCCAGAUCAGCUUCUGAGACAUUUUGUUUUGCUGUUGUAAACAAUGUCAAGUUCAUUUUACCAUUCAAGGUAAAUUAUGAACUGUUGAUAUUAAACCAAAAUAUUGCACUGAUAAUUGAAUGAGAGGUAUACCAAAUCUUUUUAUAACAUUUAAUCAAUUAUAAUUUUUAUACUUGAAAGAUUUAGAUGAAAUUGAUAUUAUUAAAUAUCUUUAAAAGCUAUAAAUUGUUGAAGGCCUCUGUAUACCCUGUCUGAGAACACCCUGCAGGCAAGGUAGCUGCUUGUUCUGGCAAAGUCGACCAGCACCAUGCCUAUCUUGAGAAUUUUUAAUGGGUAUGGGUGUACAAAAUUGCAACAUGAAUUUUCUAUUAACAACCACCUAGUCUGUAAAGGUCAGGCAAUCCUGAAUAAAGUUACCAGCUGCCUUUUUAGUUUAAAGACCCUGACCGGUGUAAAAACAAUCAUAUAUCAAAAUAAAGGUAAUGAUUCAUACAAUACAAAUAUACCAAAAAUAUUACAUAUAUCUCCUUCC